AUGUUCGAGCGAUUCACGGAGAAGGCCAUCAAGGUGAUCAUGCUGGCUCAGGAGGAGGCGCGUCGUCUGGGCCACAACUUCGUCGGCACUGAGCAGAUCCUCCUGGGGCUCAUCGGCGAGGGCACGGGCAUCGCCGCCAAGGUGCUCAAGUCGCUUGGCGUGAACCUCAAGGAGGCGCGCGUUGAGGUCGAGAAGAUCAUCGGCCGCGGAUCCGGCUUCGUCGCUGUGGAGAUUCCGUUCACCCCGCGCGCCAAGCGCGUGCUCGAGCUCUCGCUGGAGGAGGCGCGUCAACUUGGCCACAACUACAUCGGCACGGAGCAUCUUCUGCUCGGUCUCCUUCGCGAGGGCGAGGGCGUUGCUGCUCGCGUCUUCGAGAACCUCGGCGCCGACGCAGGCAACAUCCGCUCCCAGGUGAUCCGCAUGGUGGGCGAGAGCGCGGAGGCCGUGGGUGCCGGAGUUGGCGGCGGCAGCAGCAACUCGAAGAUGCCCACGCUCGAGGAGUACGGCACCAACCUCACCAAGCUCGCCGAGGAAGGCAAGCUGGACCCGGUGGUGGGGCGCGUGGCGCAGAUCGAGCGUGUGACGCAGAUCCUGGGUCGCCGCACGAAGAACAACCCCUGCCUCAUCGGCGAGCCCGGUGUCGGCAAGACGGCCAUCGCCGAGGGCCUCGCGCAGCGCAUUGCUGGCGGCGACGUCCCUGAGACGCUUGAGGGCAAGAAGGUGGUGACCCUGGACAUGGGUCUGCUUGUAGCGGGGACGAAGUACCGCGGAGAGUUUGAGGAGCGGCUGAAGAAGCUGAUGGACGAGAUCAAGCAGGCGGACGACAUCAUCCUCUUCAUCGACGAGGUGCACACGCUCAUCGGCGCGGGAGCCGCGGAGGGCGCCAUCGACGCCGCCAACAUUCUCAAGCCCGCCAUGGCCCGCGGCGAGCUGCAGUGCAUUGGCGCGACGACGAUCGACGAGUACCGCAAGCACAUUGAGAAGGACCCCGCCCUCGAGCGUCGUUUCCAGCCCGUGCAGGUGCCGGAGCCCACAGUGGAGGAGACGAUUCUGAUCCUGCAGGGUCUGCGCGAGCGCUACGAGAUUCACCACAAGCUGCGCUAUACGGACGAGGCGCUCGCGGCGGCGGCGCAGCUGUCGUACCAGUACAUCAGCGACCGCUUCCUGCCUGACAAGGCCAUUGACCUGAUCGACGAGGCCGGAUCCAGGGUGCGCCUGCGCCACGCGCAGAUGCCCGAGGAGGCCAAGGAGCUCGACAAGCAGCUCAGGCAGAUCACCAAGGAUAAGAACGAGUCCGUCCGCAACCAGGACUUCGAGAAGGCGGGCGAGCUGCGCGACCAGGAGAUGGAUCUGAAGACGCAGAUCAGCGCCAUCAUGGAGAAGACCAAGGAGCAGAGCAAGGCGGAGGUGGAGGCGUCAGGGGGCGCGGGUGGGCCGGUGGUGACGGAGGCGGACAUCCACCACAUCGUGUGCGCGUGGACGGGCAUCCCCGUGGACAAGGUGUCGAGCGACGAGGGCAGCCGCCUGCUCAAGAUGGAGGAGACGCUCCACAACCGCGUCAUUGGCCAGGACGAGGCCGUCAAGGCCAUCAGUCGCGCCAUCCGCCGAGCGCGUGUGGGGCUGAAGAACCCCAACCGCCCCAUUGCCAGUUUCAUCUUCUCUGGCCCCACGGGUGUCGGCAAGUCCGAGCUCGCCAAGUCCCUCGCCUCCUACUACUUCGGCUCCGAGGAGGCCAUGGUGAGGCUGGACAUGUCGGAGUUCAUGGAGCGCCACACGGUGUCCAAGCUCAUUGGCUCCCCGCCCGGCUACGUGGGGUACAGCGAGGGCGGGCAGCUGACGGAGGCUGUGAGGCGGCGGCCGUACACCGUGGUGCUGUUUGACGAGAUUGAGAAGGCGCACCCUGACGUGUUCAACAUGAUGCUCCAGAUUCUGGAGGAUGGUCGUUUGACGGACAGCAAGGGGCGCACGGUGGAUUUCAAGAACACGCUGCUCAUCAUGACCUCCAACGUCGGCUCCUCCGUCAUUGAGAAGGGCGGCGGAGGCAUUGGCUUUCAGCUGGACUAUGGCGAGAAGGACACGAGCUACAACCGCAUCAAGACGCUGGUGAACGAGGAGCUCAAGCAGUACUUCCGCCCCGAGUUCCUGAACCGGCUGGACGAGAUCAUUGUGUUCCGCCAGCUCACCAAGCAGGAGGUCAAGGAGAUCAGUGAUAUCAUGCUCAAGGAGGUGUUUGACCGCCUCCUCAAGAAGGAGAUCGACCUGCAGGUGACGGAACGCUUCAGGGACCGGGUGGUGGACGAGGGCUACAGCCCCAGCUAUGGUGCCAGGCCGCUGCGACGAGCCAUCAUGAGGCUGCUCGAGGACAGCAUGGCGGAGCGCAUGCUCUCUGGGGAGAUCAAGGAGGGUGACAGCGCCAUCAUUGACGUUGAUGCUGAUGGCAAUCUCAUUCUCUCUUCCCCGCCCGUCGCAAUGGCUUCUCCUCCAGUCGCCCUCGCUUCCCCGCCCGUCGCCUUCUCUCCCCCUCCCAUAGCUCGCCAGGAGCUGGCGCAGCGUUUCGCGGCGAUGGGCGCGCGGCUGAUCCUCUCCGCGCGCUCCGCGGAGCGCCUGCAGGCGGUGGGCGCCUCCUGCUGCGGAACGCACGCGCCGGAGGGGGUGGUGGUGCUGCCGUUCGACCUCAAGGGGGGAGCGGACGUGCUGCACGAUGCAGUGCGCCAGGCGGAAAGCGUGCUCCGCGGGGAGGAGGCGCGUGGAGAGGAAGGGCCGUGCGGAGUUGAAUGCCGCCUAUCCGCGCCCGGCUAA